AUGUACGACUUGACGGAUAUGGCCGACAGGCCUGUUCUGAAUGUCGCACGCCCGAGGCUGGAGUGCAGCGCGAGCCCGCGGCUAGCAAGUUUCAGAGCCAGCUACGCGCCAAGACCUCCUGCGGCAGUCGAGGGCUUUCGCAGGGUCAAGCUCGACGACUUUCACAAGAUCCUCGUGGUAGAUGCCGACAACGUGUAUUGCUGCGAUGCAGAGCGGCGCGACUGUGCGCACUUUGCGAGGCGCUCGAGACACGGUUUGGCGAUGAGCUUGGCGCAUCCGUGA